GACUCGCCUGAACCUUAGCACAUUCGCUCCCACAUCUCCUUUCUUCACUUCACAAAACAACCCCCCAACAACCCUCAAAAAUGUACAAGCUGUUCGUAUUCGCCGCUGUCUUGGCUGUUGCCGCCGCCGCCCCUGGGCUGUACGGAGGUGCCAUCGCCGCAGCUCCUCUCACCUCGGCAUGGGGCCAUGGCGCCGUUGUCGGUGCCCCCCUGAUUAGCACCGGAGUAGUUAAGGCCGCUGUCCCAGUUGCCACUUCUUACGCUAACACCGUCAGGAUCGCCACCCCUGCCGCUGCCGUGGUAGCUGCGCACGCACCGAUCGUCGCCGCCCAUGGUCCCCUCAUCGCGGCCCCUGCUCUUGCCCACGGAUGGUAAUUUACAAGCCCCCUUCCCGCUCGGAUCUUAACAUCGGGAUCGAGCAAUGCAACAGUCAACUUCUCUAAAUCUUAUUUAAUUCUUUAGUAUUAAGAACUUUUGGAAUGGCAGAUUGGAGCGAAAAAAGCUCGCAUCUGGGUCGGAAAACUGUUUGGUAUUAAAAUAAAAAAGCAAUAAAUUA